CUGUUGCACCAAAAGGUUAGCGUUGAUGUUUUGUAACAUGCUGUUGAAGGGUGACAGUAUAUGGACAUAAUCGCAUACUUUGAGUCAGGUGAAACGCACCUGUUUUGAAGAGGAUUUCACUUGCUCUCUAGGAUUAUGCUGUCACCGCUCCUCCGUGGGUGCACUGCAAAGCACUAUAUACAAGCACUUUCUAGCACUCGAUUGUGCAUUGAUUGUUGCACCAUCAGAAGACUAGCCACGUCCAGCAGCCAGCAGUUUCUCAGGAGGACCACACAGCGAUUCCUCAACCAGUCACGAGGAGCCAAAACUCAUAAGAGGAAACAUCAGAGCCAGGAAGAUGACUGGAAGAAAAAAAACAAGACCAUCCUUACAUAUAUCGCAGCUGCUGGAGUGGGAAUGAUUGGCAUGUCAUAUGCUGCUGUUCCACUCUACAGACUGUACUGUCAGGCUACAGGGUUGGGCGGCGCAGCAGUAGCAGGACACGACACUGAGCAAGUGGCAACUAUGAAGCCUGUCAGGGAUCGUAUCAUUAAAGUGACAUUCAACGCAGACACGCACGCCAGCAUACAAUGGAACUUUCGUCCACAGCAGUCAGAGAUUUAUGUUGUACCAGGAGAGACGGCUCUUGCUUUUUAUAAAGCACGGAAUCCCACCGACAAGCCAGUGAUAGGCAUUUCUACAUACAAUGUUGUACCUUUUGAGGCUGGACAAUAUUUUAAUAAGAUACAGUGUUUUUGUUUUGAGGAACAGAGGUUAAACCCACAUGAGGAGGUGGACAUGCCUGUGUUCUUCUACAUCGACCCAGAGUUUGAUGAAGACCCCCGGAUGGCGCGAGUUGAUACUAUUAUACUCUCUUAUACCUUUUUUGAAGCCAAAGAGGGACAACAUUUACCCCUCCCAGGGUAUAGUUAAUUAUAAAUUUUUUCACAGACUUUUGAUUACAAUUUAUUUUACGAAAGUGUAUUAUGUAACACAUUUGGAAAUGAUUAUUGCUUACAUUGUCACAUGUCACUUCAAUGUCUUUAAAUGAUUGUACCAAAAUGGAAGCAUAAUGAAGGCCAUUAUGAAGCCACUGA